AUGGAAAAGUGGGAUUCGAAAGUACCUGCAGAAAUGGGCGAUGAGCAAUCGCAACAUGCACCCGCUUCAGCUCAAAAUACGUGCCUCAGUUCAUUACUCACACCUCCAUUCCACAUGGCAGUGAGCUCCGGAGCUGUGGAUCUGAAAACCAGCAUACAGUCAGUACUAGACAAGAAUAUCACCCCUUAUCUUGACCAUGCCACUACGGACAUUAUCUUCAGCCGUUAUAUCACAAACAUGGCUCCCACCUUUCCAGCCGUGGUCUUCCCACCAAGUACAAGAGCGGCCGAUGUACGGAAGAAUAACCCGAUUCUCCUCUUAGCAAUUCUUGACGUGGCGUCGUCUGGGUUCUGUGAGUUGGAGAUACAGAGAAAACUCCGCAAGCUGAUCGUGCAGACAUAUGUUCAUUGUAUGCUCCGCAGCGACCAGUACACCCUCGGCUUACUGCAAGCGUUGAUCGUUUCCGCCACAUGGUAUCGGUCAAUUGUGCCUUUGGAGCCGGGAGAGCAAAUGGAUAUUUAUCAAAUCGGUCACACUGCCGCCAACAUGGCUUUAAUCAUGGGACUGGGAGACAGAUUGAAUAAUAGGAAUAGAGAUCCCUCAUUAUUGGCCGAGGAAGGCCAGGCCGAUCGACACCAGAGUUCCCAGUCAGAACUUCUUGCAGCUCGGAGAGUCUGGUUGGGUUGUCAUUACAUUUGCUCGAACACUUCUAUGUCUCUGCGGGCACCGAACGUCAUGAGAUGGACCCACUGUAUGGAUGAAUGUUUAGAAGUUCUGGAAACCUCUCCAGAUGCUCUCCCAUCCGACAAAGUUCUGUGCCAACACGUUCGCCUACAGCGUAUAACAGAAGAAGCCGCAAUGCAACUGUCAUUUAAAGGCGCUUCAGCUUCUCUCACGUUACGGGCUAUGCAGAUCCAAACAUCGUAUCGCUUGUCCAAACGGCAAAUUUUCAACUGGAAAAAAAGCAUACGAGAAGGGAUAUUCGAUGGCGCACUACAGCUCUCCUAUCAUUUCUCAUCCUUGUAUCUAAGCGAAGUCGCCUUCUGUGCAGCGUCUGAUGCUGAAGUACCAUCAGAGACUCGGACAUCACGCACCAUCACUAUCCCAGCAGACACAUUCAGCGAAUGCGUCGAGACGAUAGAUCACAUAUUUCGAGGAUUUACCUCCUUAGAUAUGUCUGCGAUUCGAGUUUUACCAGCAAUGUAUCUGAUCCGGAUGAUUUACACAGCACUCAUCCUAGUCAAGCUUCACUUUGCGGCCGUCACAUCGUCUAACGAAGAUGCUCAACUGCAAAUAGACCGACUCCAAGUCUCCAGCCGUUUACAUUACAUUAUACAAAUGUUUGCAGGGUGGGGACCACUAUGGCCUGCUACCAAGUUGACGACAGUGUUCCGUAGGAUUCGGUCCUGGUUUGAAGACAGCGAUACGAUGAAGCGAGAUGGCUCGUGCCUGAAUGUGUGGCAACUUGGUCCUGCGUCUCAGAGUCCUGAGGAUGACCAAUCGAGCACCGAUUUGGUUGGGUCUAAUGAUGGGUUAUUACUAUCUCCUAGCUCUCAAGAUCCACCCUGGACAGUAUCUAUGGACCCUACAAAUAGGGAGACCGUGCCCUUGUCAUUAAAUCCUUCACUGGACUUCAGUGGAAAUGUGUUUACCCCUACAUCCAGUGAUCAACCCAUCGACUACUCGCUACUUCCUAGCCAAGCAUCUCCUUCUGCGCCCAAUGUCUCGGUUGGUGACGAUCUCGGCAUGGAUUUAAAUAUGAUAGAGAAAAGAGCCAUCGAUGCCGCCCUCGACAUAGACCUAGAGCUGAACCAACUUCCCAGCAUGCACUUCGACCCAAGCAGUCUACAGCUACCAUUGUCCCUUAACUCAGACACCUUUUACGACAAUUACAGGGCAGAAGGUACACAGAGGAACGACUAA